AUGGCGGCGGCUCCGGCGGCGGCACCAACUCAUUCGCCCGCGUCCUCCUCUUCCUCGGCGUGCCGCGCCGGAAUCUUCUCCAGCGGGACAUCCUGCCCCAAUCUUCGCUCCGUCGCUGCUUGGGCCCCUGGAUGGAGGCGCAGGGAACCGUACCCGGCAGUCUCCGUGGAGGCGGGCUCCGCGCAGUCUGCGCCGGGAGCUGUAGCCGUCGACCCCAAGGUUGACAUGUUACUAGACAGUGUGAAGUGGGAUAGCAAAGGGUUGGCUGUUGCUAUUGCACAGAAUGUGGAUACUGGAGCCAUACUUAUGCAGGGUUUUGCUAACAAAGAAGCCCUUGCAAAAACUAUAUCAACCAGGAAAGCUACAUUCUUUAGCCGCUCACGGUCUUCCCUGUGGACAAAAGGGGAGACAUCCAUGAACUUCAUUAAUGUCCAUGACAUUUUCCUUGAUUGUGACCGUGAUUCUAUAAUAUACAUUGGAAAGCCAGAUGGACCUACCUGCCAUACAGGAGCAGAAACCUGUUACUAUACUUCAGUUUAUGAUGCUCUACAAAGUUCAAAGCCCAAUGAAGGCAGGCAGGUUGUGACAACCCUAUACUCACUUGAAGAUACAAUUAGUAGAAGACAGGAGGAGAUAGUUACUGAAGGAGGUGGCAAGCCAUCAUGGACCAAAAAACUACUGCUUGAUAACCAGCUACUUUGCUCGAAAAUACGUGAAGAAGCUGGUGAACUAAUUCAAACACUGCUCGAGAACGAGGACCAAUCUCGUGCUGCUUCGGAGAUGGCUGAUCUGCUGUACCAAGCUAUGGUGCUGCUCAGAGUCAAGGAUGUAAAGAUGGAGGAAGUCCUUGAGGUCCUGAGGAAGAGAUUUCCUCAGUCUGGUAUUGAGGAGAAGGCUGGUCGUAAUAAAUCUUAG